AUCUUGGUCUAUGUUUGAUGAUGGUGAAGGAGGUGAAGCUGUUAAGACAACGAGUGGUAUUGGUUUGAAAACUACGUGUGGACAGUCAGAGAGAGUGCUCAAGAGCCAAACAAAAAAAGAAAGAGAAGAACGAUGAAGAAAUCAUCUCGGGCUCUUCAAUUCUGUAUCUGUUUUUAUUACUGAUAUGACAUUUUAAUAAAUACAGUCCUUGAAAAUCCAACUUAAUAGGGUUUUAAAUGACACAACCGUUGGGAAAGAUUUUUGAAAUGUAUUGUAGUUGUAGUAUAUGGUUUGACAUGAUACUCUUACAUUGGUGGAUUUUUUUACAUUGGGAAACUUGUUUGACAUGAUACUCUUACAUUGGUGGAUCAAAUAUCCUAGGUGAAACUUGUUUCUAGGUUUUAUGUUGUAUUUGUUUUUUUUUUAAUUCUGUUUCUUAUGCUUUUGGGAUGUUCAACUUUUGGCUCUAGUCAGAACCGCACGAAACGAUUAAAAAUAAAUCGUAAACCUCUGCAGAAAUAAUAAUACAAAUAAUUAUAGAGCAUAAAAAUAUGAAAAACAUGAAAAAUUUAAAAUAACAAAAAAUAUUAAUUAUUAAACAAUAAAUACUUUUAUUUUUACAUAAAUAUUUAUCAAGUUUUUAUCAUUAGAUUUUAUAACUAGUUUUUAGAUAAGAUGACUAGCUCACUCAAUGUUUCUUAAGUUAUACUGAACCAAAAUAAAAUUUUAUGAACUUAACUUUUAAGAAGUAUUUUAGAAAAUGCUUUGAAAACUAUAAAAUUCAACCAUUCUAAUUACUUUAAUUCAUUAAUAACAAAAAAUUAGAGAAACAUUUUCGAAUAGCAUUAAAUCAUGUUUUUGACAAAAUAAGCACACAUUGAAAUUUUUUUACAAUAUAAUUUUGUUAAAUAUGAAAAACAUAUAUAUAUAUAUAUAUAUUGAGUUUAGGGUUUAGUGUUAAAGUUUAGGGUUUAACAUUUAAGAAAUGAAAGUAAGGUUAAAAUUUAGAAACUAGAUUAAUUUAGUUUUUUUCGUGUCAGAUGCAUGUUAUUUUAGAAAUUCUUAUAAUUGAAAGUAUUAUUUUAACAACAAACAUUUAUAAUAGAAAUACUAAUAUUAAACAUUCAUAUAAUAUGGCAAACAAUAAUGAUAAGAUUUUAACACACGUGUCACACUUUUAUAUAGACUGUAUUUUGUAAGUCAUUUUUGCUCUCUAACUUUUUCCAAGAAAAAGAAAACCUAGAAGAAUUGGAAGAGACAGGUGAGAAUAGUUACUAUGGGGAGUUUGGGAAAAGAAGAUCUGGACAAGCUUGUGCUGGAUUAUAUUGAGCCUCCGGUCACCGUCCAACCGGUCACCGUUCCUCCGGCCACCGUCCCCAAUCAUAUGGAGAAGUCUUCAACUGCUCUAGUAACCCUUCAGGUCUCUUGUCUAUUUCCAUCUGUCGAUGCAUACUUCUCUUUUUGCUUCAUAACAAUAUUAUAUCUUAUGUUACAUAUAAAUAUAUUACAUAAAAAUAAUUAAAAAAGAGUUGUUGAAUAUAUAUUCAGGAGAUUCUUCGGACGAAAGGAGAAAAGGAGAAGGAAAUGGAAGAGAAGGUAAACUCGUUUAUCAUACGAAGGAGACGAUGAGAAGAGAGAUGUGAUGAAAAAAAUUGUCUCCAAGCUUAGAUCUGACGGCUACAAUGAUGUUUCUAUCUAUAGAACCUCGUGGGAUUCUUCUUUUGAUCGCCGUGAAGGUAAUAAUAAAAUAUCAUUUUGGCUUUAAAAAUAAAAAUUUAGAAAAGUAUUCAUGUGAUUUGAUCUUUGCAAAAGUUGAAGAGUUUUUCCUUUAAUUUUGGAAAGUUAGGUCAAGUUUUUUAUUGAUUGCUUUUGUGAAAUUGUUACACAGGAUGUAGUAGAAUGUUUAAGUGCAAGAGGAAGUACGAGUACAUUGAGGUCAUGGUGGCGACUGGUCGCGGCGGUGAUGACAGAAGCAAGAUGAAACGUCUCAUUAUUGAUCUUGACUUCAAGUCUCAGUUUGAGUUAGCGAAACAGACAGAAGUUUACAAAGACGUGACUCAGAUGCUUCCGACAGUGUUUGUGGCGACAGAGGAGAGACUCAAAAGAGUUGUUUCGUUGGUUUCUGGUGAGAUGACAGAGUCCAUGAAGAAAGAAGGAAUGUCUAGACCGCCAUGGAGGACUACGAGAUACAUGCUAGCCAAGUGGCUACCUGAGAAAAGGGUCUCUAGUUCUAAGAAAGGAUCCUGGUCUAUGUUUGAUGAUGAUGGAGGUGAAGCUGUUGAGACAACGAGUGGUAUUGGUUUUAAAACUACGUGUGGUUUCCAGUUAUCUUAGAGGGAUGAGCGCAGUUCGUUUCUUUGUAUUAUUUUUAUGGUCUUGACAGGUUUUUAGAUGUUGAUUUUAUUUUGAAAAUUACUUUUCUACCAGUUCUUGUCUGAUGAUAUAUCAUGGUCCACUUUAGUAUCCAGUGUCUGAUCUAGAAAUCCAGUAUCUAAAGUAACCAGUGUUAAAUUAGACCCACAGUCGAACCGGACAAUCCGGUGACUCGAUAUAUAAUCUGAUUUAGGUUUUAAGAAAAAAACCAUUAUAACUUAA